AAAACCUUCACCCCCAACAUCAUUAGUCGGAAGAUCAAGGAGGAGCCCCGGGAGGAUGUGUCAGUCAAGAAGGAGAAGAAGGAGCGGGAGCGGCAGCGCGAGGGGCACGGCCGGGGCCGAGGGCGGCCCGAGGUCAUCCAGUCCCACUCCAUCUUCGAGCAGGGACCUGCUGAAAUGAUGAAGAAGAAAGGCUCCUGGGACAAGACAGUGGACAUGUCUGACUUUGGCCCUUCCCACAUCAUCAACAUCAAGAAGGAGAAGAGGGAGACGGACGAGGAGACGAAGCAGAUCCUGCGGAUGCUGCAGAAGGAUGAUGUGAGUGAUGACCCUGGGCUGAAGAAUGACAUCAGGAACAAGCCAGUGCAGCUCCCACUGGCCAACUCAGGAUGGCUCUUCAAGGAGGAGGCGACAGAGCAGGAGGACACUCAGCCAUGGCUUCCUGGAGCAAAGGAGGACACGAUGGAGCUGGACCCACCAGCAGUGAAAGUGAAGGAGGAGCCGAGCGAUGAGGACCCCAAGCUGGGCCAGCCCAGGGGUCCCCCCGGGAUCCCCCGGGACGUGGGGGUGGCAGAGCUGCUGCAGCGCCUCAGCCUGGUGUCCGAGGAGGAGCUGCUGUUCCUGCAGCUGCCUGACACCCUGCCUGGGCAGCCCCCCAGCCACGACACCAAGCCCUGCAAGGCUGAGCUGCACAGCGAGGAUGGGCAGGUGCUGCUGCUCAAGCAGGAGAAGAGCCAGGAGGCAAAGCAGGCAGAGAACACCUGCACCCUGGCUGACCUCCCUGAGGGGCAGGUGGGGAAACUGCUCAUCCGCAAGUCAGGGAAGGUGCAGCUGGUGCUGGGCAAGGUGACCCUGGAUGUGACCAUGGGGACCCCUUGCUCCUUCUUACAGGAGCUGGUGUCUGUCGGUAUCGGGGACAACCGCACGGGCGAGAUGAUCGUCCUGGGCCACGUGAGGCACAAGCUGGUCUGCUCCCCGGAUUUUGAGGCUCUCCUGGAGCACAGGCACCGGUAG